AUGAUUGAUGUUUCGCCAUUAAUUCACCGUCUGAGAGGGCUCACUGAAGCCGUUGACCACUUCCACGCCGAACCAAAUGCAGAGAACCUCGAUGCUAUAUGGAACAAUGGCGGUCCUACAAAGCUUCUCCGGGAGCUAGUUACGUCCCAUGCUGUGUCGUUUACGAAGGAUGACGUGAAUUUGUGGAAACCGACCCAACAACUACCAUCAGAGCACUCUCUUGAGUCGUCUUGGAGCGGCAUCACUGCCACCAUGGAGCUUUAUAUGCACAGUGUGCUCAACAUUCUCAAUAGAGGCGAACCAAUUGAGUUCCAACUGCUCUACCAUGUCGCUUUGAUCACUAAAGAGGACAUAUGGAACACCCGCGACGAUAUGGAGGGGAACCAUGGAACCCGGCGCCAAUCACUUUGGUUAUGGAAAGUCUUCAUAGGGCUCUUGGCUUUGAGCAAGCGCCAAAACAGCCUUAUGGCUCGCCAGAUGAAGCCUGGGUCGGAUCGGCCUAUAGAGUCUCCAUCAAAGGCACAUAUCGGAGUAAUCUAUGAAUGGCUUUGUGAUUGUGCGCGUGGCUGGAGUAUGACCACGAAAAUAAGACUCUGGAAAGAUGUCAAGGCUGUGCUAACGACAAUUACCUGGCCAAUUGAGCUACCGGGUGAUGUGAGUGAUCAUGUUGCAAACGUAUGGAACAAGAGCAUCCUAGAACGUGAUGCAUAA